AUGGUACUGGGCCGGGAUGCGGCCUUGGAACCAUUGAAAGGAAACUGGGGCAACGAGAACGUGCAGUUCAGUUCACAGUUGUUGGCGGCGCUCGAUGACACCCAGGAGGAUGAGUCUUCUUUUACACGAGAGGCUUGUGUCUCCGAUAAAUUGUACAACAUUUAUUUUGAUCACAUUAAUGCUGGCCGAUUACAGUUUGCAAUGUUCCUCCUCGGGACCCUGUGCUUCACCCAAGGGGCCCUGCACGGAUUUCACGGGGACUGGAUUCUAUUUGGCAUAUUAUUUUUGAUUUGCGGCGUUCUUGUUACGCUGUCAAUAGUCUACAAAGGGAAUCCGCAGCUAUUAUCGUGGAUUUUAAUUUUCUGCUCUGCGCUUUUCGUGGGCUGUGCGCCAGUUCAUCUUCGCACCUCUUUGACGAUACUUGUCAUUUUUCUUACUUAUACAUUAUUACCUCUGCCAUUAUUGCCAACGUUAGCAGCGGCGUUUGUUGUGACAAUCACUGGCCUAGCCAUCCAUUUCUUUGCAAUUGGCGGUUACGAUCCGGUCAACAGCAUUCUAUCAGAUGCGCUUCUAUUUUUUGGGUGCAACGUUGUUGGCUUUUUUGCGUAUUACCCAACAGAGUUGCUACAACGAAAAACGUUUCGAGAAACCCGAAAAUGCGUUGAGAUGCGAAUGCUAUUAAGUCGAGAAUACAAUAAGCAAGAACAAGUGUUGCUUUCGGUGCUACCACGUCAUAUUGCGGCUGAGGUGAAAAAAGAUCUCGAUGAAGAGCAUGGGGAGCAGCGGAUGUUUCACAAAAUCUACAUCCGAAAACACGACAAAAUUAGCAUCUUAUUUGCCGAUAUUUGUGGAUUUACCAAUCUUGCAUCGGAAUGUACGGCAAAUGAAUUGGUGUUGUUGUUGAAUGAGCUGUUCGCGCGGUUCGAUACGUUGGGCCAUCGGAAUCACUGUAUGCGCAUUAAGAUCCUGGGCGAUUGCUACUAUUGCGUAUCUGGCUUGCCGGAAUCUCGCGCCGACCACGCCGUUUGUGCAGUACAAAUGGGCAUUGAAAUGAUUGAGGCCAUCAAGCUCGUCCGAGACGUAACCAACGUCAAUGUCAACAUGCGUGUUGGUAUCCAUUCCGGGAAGGCUCAUUGUGGUGUGCUUGGGUUGAAAAAGUGGCAAUUCGACGUGUGGAGUGAUGAUGUGACGCUGGCAAAUCAUAUGGAAAGUGGUGGAUUGCCGGGUCGUGUCCAUAUCACCAAAGCUACUCUCGAUGCUCUCGGCGGCACUUUUGAAGUGGAACCCGGAAAUGGAAAGGAUAGAAGCAAAUAUCUGGCAGAUCACAACGUUGAAACAUUCCUUAUUGUGGAGAAUGAUAGCCAAGCUGCAAUCCCCCAUCAACAAGGGCUCCGGCCAGCCAAUGACAAAAGCCUACGCACGAUGGGUGUAAAUAAUGGACUGAAGCGUGCUCAGAGCAUUAAGCGUGCUGCCGAAGUAGAACCCCUCGAACAAGUCGUCGAAAGCUAUCUAAUGCAAGGAAUCCAGGCAAUCAACAAGGAAACCUGGCGAAGGCAGUACUGCAAAGGAAUUACACUCCGAUUUCGACAAAAAGCCGCUGAAGACAAGUUCCUAGAACAAAAAGAAGGGGCAAUGUUUGUCCAAGUUGGGUGCUAUCUGUUGAUCUUCAUCCUAUGCGCCACCGUAUUCAUCAUCAGCGGAAUGGGAGCUACUUUCCUCUUGACGGCCAUUGGAUGCGCAUCGGUAGCAUUUCUUGGAAUCGUUCUCUUCACGGCUGCACGCACAAUUACGCGUCGGAACCGAAAAAACCCGGAACUUGUGAAGAAAACGAAGGUACCACGAAUGUUGCGGAUAGCAUUUGUGUAUGGACUCGUUCUGCUUGCACAUGUUCUGCUCAUCGCUGGCGCUAUGAAAAAUCUAAACGAGCCUUGCUCAUUUUCUUGCGGCACGGAGGGCGCGACGUUGCUCGGAAGUGAUUGCUCUAAAACGCAGUUGCCAAGGGUGCAAGUCGAGUUGAUCUUUGAUAUCCUGUUGCUGCUCCUCAUUACUACAUGCGUCUUUUUGGCAAUGUUGACACCAACAAAGAUCAUCAUCGUGCUAUUCAUUUGCUCAACAAGCCUUAUCCUCAUCUGGGCCCUUCCCGAAUUUCCGCAACUUGCCAACCGACAAUUCCACAUCUGGAAUGAAACGCAGGGCCCGGAACUUACACGUUCAAUCUACAAUCUUACAUCUUCGCCAACGUUGACCCAGCAGAUCGGUGCCUACUGCCUGACGGCCGGCCUACACAAUGAUUUCCGAGCCUCGCUCACAAUUCUCGCCCUCUUCACCGUCGUGUUGAUUCUGAUGCAGAGUCGUCGAAGCGAGAUGAUUUCCCGCUACGACUUCAUUUGGAAGCUACAAGCCCUCGAUGAACAAUUGGAAAUGAAAAAGAGGCACGCACAGAAUCGACAGGUUUUGGAGAACGUCUUGCCGUGGCACGUGGUUGAACAAUUCCUGACAGAUCGUGGCUCAAAAGAUCUCUAUAAUGAAGCACUUCCAAAUGUUUGCGUUAUGUUUGCCACAAUCACAGAAUUCAACAAAUUUUAUAUGGAACUGGACGCAAACAAUGAGGGCGUCGAAUGUCUGCGUUUGUUGAAUGAAAUUAUUAGUGAUUUCGACACGAUCUUAAAUGAGCCGGGGUUCAAAUGCAUUGACAAGAUCAAGACGAUCUCAACGACGUACAUGGCCGCUUCUGGAUUGACAGGGCCGGCCGAUGGAGAUGCUCACAUCGUCGCGGUGGCCAAGUACGCUCAAGCUUUGCUGAAGAAAAUCAAGGAAAUCAAUGAGCACAGCUUUAACAGUUUCAACCUCAGGAUCGGUCUGAAUGUGGGUCCCGUCGUAGCAGGCGUUAUCGGUGUCAAAAAACCCCACUACGACAUCUGGGGCAAUACCGUGAAUGUGGCGAGUAGAAUGGACAGUAAUGGCGUCGCUGGAAAGAUUCAGGUGACGGAGGAGACAAAAGUUAUCCUCGAGCGUUACGGAUUCCAAUUUGAAUGCCGCGGAAAAAUCUCCGUUAAGGGUAAAGGACUGAUGCAAACGUAUUUUAUGAAGGUCGACGAUGAAUCUAACAGCAUCACCGGCAAUGACAACAUGUUC